CAUAAUCAGGACGCAGUUAUAACCGUUGUUGACAUGGUUAGAAAAUUCAAAUAGAAGAGAGAAAAAAAAGGGGAAAAAAUUAUCCUAUUGUUGUAUAAAACAGAAAAAGAAAGGCCUAGUGAAGAUUAUUUUUACUUUCCUGUUGUAAUAAUCUCUUAAUCAACAAAAUAACCUCUCACUGACUUUGUUGCAACAAUGGAUCAAACUGGACAAGAUAUUGGAAUCAAAGUCUACACUGCAUCUCCAAAAAAUGACCCAGAACCAUUCUGUCCAUCAUCAUCUUCUAAUCUUACUCAAGCCCCUAAACAACCAGGCAACAAACGACGAGCCGUAGCAAAAGGAGUACAAAAAACACUUUCUAAAACUUCAAUGCUUGUAAACUUCCUUCCAACAGGAACUCUUAUAACCUUUGAAAUGAUUCUUCCGUCUAUAGUAAAAAAUGGACAAUGCACUCAUGUUUCUGUUCUAAUGCUUCUUGUCCUUCUUGGCCUUUGUGCAGUCUCUUGUUUCUUCUUUCACUUCACAGACAGUUUUAAAGGCUCUGAUGGGAAAGUUUACUAUGGAUUUGUUACCCCAAAAGGGUUGGCUGUUUUCAAGCCUGGACUUGCUGUACAAGUGCCUAAAGAUGAAAGAUAUAAAGUUGGAUUCACUGAUUUUGUUCAUGCUGUAAUGUCGGUUAUGGUGUUUGCGGCGAUCGCCUUUUCCGAUCAUAGAGUGACUGACUGUUUGUUGCCGGGACAUGUGAAGGAGAUGGAUGAAGUUAUGGAGAGUUUUCCUUUAAUGGUUGGUAUUGUUUGUAGUGGUCUGUUUCUGGUUUUCCCAAACACUCGAUAUGGAAUAGGUUGCAUCGCUGCUUGAAAUUAGGUUUUCCAUUUUUUUUUCUAAGUCAUACAAAGUUUGUUGAAUGUUAUCAAUUUAAUUGACAUAAUAAAUUUGAUUUUCUGUUUCCAUUUUCA